AAAAUAUUCCAACAAAAAAAAAGAAUUAUUGUUAUUUUAAAUAGAAUUAAUUAAUUACAGUAGAAUAUCUCAUUUAUAAGUCAUUAAAAGCAUUGAGAGAGCUAUGUCAAAAGCAUAAAAGUGAUAGUGAUAAGAGAUAAAUGACAAAUUCAAAGAGAAUUCUAAGGAAAGCUUGACACAAAACAGCUGAUUUUCUUUGUGUUUUUAUUGAUUUGCAAACUUUAUAAGAAAGAAAAACAAAACUGUUGAAAAUCACGAAACUUUAUACUUAAUUUAAGUAUUUGUAUAGAAUCAUUAAGCUAUUAAGUGAUAUAAUAAGUAAAUUAAGGAAAUUUUAAGAAUAAGAUUUAAUAAAAGGUGAAAAAAAGUUAAUUAAAUUAAGUAUGGCAGUAAAUAUUGACGAAGGUGGAAAUUGUUAUGUUAAUUUUAAUCAAGACUUUACAUCGCUAUCAGUUGGCUACAAGAAUGCUUACAGUCUAUUCUCAUUGAAUGCUGUCGAUCAGCAGCUUGAGGAGAUUUACUCGAGCUUUGGUGAUGACAUUUGUCUCGUUGAGCGUCUUUUUAGCAGCUCAUUGCUCGCAAUUGUGUCAAUGAAUGCACCAAGGAAGUUAAAAGUAUGUCACUUUAAGAAAGGAACAGAAAUUUGCAAUUACUCAUAUUCGAAUACAAUAAAAACGGUGAAAUUGAAUCGCGCUAGACUUGUCGUAUGCUUAGAAGAAAGUCUUUAUAUUCACAAUAUUCGGGACAUGAAAGUCGUUCAUACAAUUCGAGAUACUCCAAUCAACUCAAAUGGCUUGUGUGCAUUAGCUGCUGACUCUGAUAACUGUUAUUUGGCAUAUCCUGGCUCGGCCGUUAGUGGUGAAUUACAGAUUUUUGAUGCUGUCAAUCUAAAUGCAAAGACAAUGAUACCAGCACAUGAUUCUCCAUUAGCGGCAAUGGCAUUCAGCUUAAAUGGAUCAGAAAUAGCAACGGCAAGUGAAAAGGGAACUGUAAUUCGAGUCUUUUCGGUAAAUGAUGGAACAAAAAUCUACGAAUUUCGACGUGGCGUCAAGCGAUGUGUAUCAAUAUCUUCCUUAUCAUUUUCCACUUGCAAGCAAUAUCUUUGCUGUAGUAGUAAUACUGAAACGGUUCAUAUUUUCAAAUUAGAAAAGGCUACAGUCGCUGGCGAUCGUACAUCAUUAAAUCAGAAUCAAAGUAAUGCCGUUGGACACAAAUCAGACGAUAAUUGGAUGGGAUAUUUGAAAAACACUGUUGCUAGCUAUCUUCCAUACGCAUUACCCACACAAGUUACAGACGUUUUCAAUCAAGGACGUGCUUUUGCAUCGGCUAUGCUCCCCAUAUCUGGAAUCAAACAUUCAUGUGCAAUCACGACCAUCCAAAAGACGUUGAGAUUGUUAGUUGCAUCACAAAAUGGAUACAUGUACAUCUAUUCUAUUCCUCUCGACGGCGGUGAAUGUCAGUUAAUCAAAAAACAUGACUUGAAGAAUAUCGAUCAGGCAUCAAAAGAACAACAAAUUGUCAGACAAGAAUCGGCUCCAAUAAAUAUUGCAGAAAAUUAAUAAUUGACUCUUCACAUACUUCAUACUAUAUAUUGAUAUAAUAUAUUUUUUAUUCAAGUGAGUUUCUUUUGAAAUAAGUACCACACACCACAAUUUAUGACAGAAACAUGUAUUUUUACUUCUCUAUAAAUUGAUGAUAUUUCAUGAUAGACUUUUAUCAUGAUUAAAAAAUUGAUGAUGGAUGAUAAUGAAUAAAAGUUGGACUUUAAUUUUAACGAACUUUUUACAUUCCAAACCCUUCCGUG